UGAAAAUGUCACCAUCUGGUACCUUAAUGCAGAUACGCGACCUUUACUUACAGAAGAGACAAAUAGGCCAACACCUUAAACGUGAAGUGUUUAACUUUGCGUGUGAACUUGCACAGUGCCGCGCCGGAGAAACCUUCAUAGUUAUUGUCGAUGGCAUUGAGUGGGUUGCUACAGUUCCAAGGCGCAGCAAGCCAGACGAUCUCGUAUCAAUGAGAUUCUCGGCUGGCAAUCAGGUGGAGAGGACGCUAGUCGGAAUGCUUGGUAGUGGCGCCAAGGAGGAGAGCCUUAAGAGGUACAUCCGUGAAGGAUUGGCGAUGAAGACAAACGAGUACAAAGAGCGGAUCAGGGGCAUGAGCCAUGAUGCCGCUCUGGUGUUUGUCCGGGACCACAUAAGACACACCACACCAGCCCAAGGACAGAUUGGUCGCGAGGACAACAUGAUGUACCAUUGGCCCAUGCGGCCAUGGACUCGGCUGUAUGAUGAGGCAGCCAGCGCGGCUGACAGGACCAUGACAACGGGGAAUGAAGAAGCUUUGAAGGCUGGUGAGGAGGUGGUGACCUCCGGGGGAGCUGAGGGAGGUGAUGCUGCCAUGGUGGACCCGGUGAAGCACGGUGGCACUGGUGAUGCUGGCGAGUAUGGGGUGUCCGAGGAUGGCACAGAGGUCUCUGGUGCUGGCCAGAGCAAUGGGCUGGCCCCUUCAGAAGCAGGCGAACAGUCAGAGGAGCUGGUUCAUCUAGGCUUUGGUGUGUGCAACGAGACCAGGAAGCGAAAGCGGGCCCCAAACAUGACCCGGCUGGUGGCGGACGAUGAGGAGCAGCAACGGGAGAUAGACAGGGGACGCAAUGAUACAGAUGAUGCCGCUCCACGGUAUCCACGCAUGGCAGGACAGCAGGAGGAGGACGCCCGUGGCAGUGAGGCGGCUGCUGUGCCAUCCCCGUCGGCUGCAGGACGAGCUGCCAUGCCCAGCCCACGGUUUCCGUGCACGGAGGAGGACGCCCGUGGCGGUGAGGCGGCUGCUGUGCCAUCCCCGUCGGCUGCAGGACGAGCUGCCAUGCCCAGCCCACGGUUUCCGUGCACGGAGGGGGGCGCCUCUGCUACUGUGCAGCUGCCACCGCCGGCGCCUGAGGAUGCCCGUGGCGGUGAGGCGGCUGCUCAAGCAGCAGACGAGAGGAGGAGACUGCUGCCCAAUGAUGAAGCACACCUUGAGCGAGAGAUCCGCCGCAUGGCUGGUGCGGUGGUGUCCUAUCGGGAGUCUCGCCAUCGGCGAAGGCCCACCAGGAACCGGGCCAUCCAGUCAUCAUCGGACUCGGACGUGGAAUCUGAGCCGGAACCAGAGGACAGCCAUGUACUCGAAACAGACCUUUUCAAGCACACGAUAGACAUGGUCCCGGUGAUGCUUGACAAGGAGGGGUUUGCGGUAGUAGACGAUCCCCACCUCGCCUCUCUGAUCACUCCUGAUGUUCCCACAAGCACCACUGAGCUCGUGUCAGGCGAUAAGGCAGCAGCAAUAUUUCAGCGUGGGGACCUUCCCUCGCGGCAGGGAGGGCUACCACGGCUUACCCAUGAGGGCAGGCUCCGACUCAGCAAUGGAACCGGGAGGCGUAUGAUGGUCAAGCUGGACAAGGUGCAGCCGGGGCCUAGCCUGUCGAACAUAGCAUCCUACGUGGAGGGUGUUAUCCAAGACAUAGUGGAGCGGAUCCCUGGCUUGCACCUGGUCAAGCCUGGUGUGAUCCUUGGCAACAACCCUGGCGGCACAGCCCCCAUUCGUCGGCAGACGCUGCACGUGGACAUGCAGCCUGGCAGAGGGAUGUCGUUUGUUGCAAUCGUGCCAUUGGAGCAGGACAUCGAGCUGUGGGCGUUUGCUGCUCGGGCAGAGCCUGCUGCUGCAGCUGCUGCUGCAGCAGCAGAUGAUGCCGAAGCAGGUGAUGCAAGCAGAGCCGACAGAAGCAGUGCGGCAGCCCCGCCGAUCACAAUGCAGCAACCUCCAACUCUGCCGCAUGCUGUGGUACUCAUCACACCAGAUACAGCUGGGGGGACCGACGAAGAUGACUGGGACGAACCCCCUGACGACAUGGACACGACCGAAAAUACAGACAUGGAAGCUGCUUCACCCACGUCCCCUAGCCAGGGACAUGACCACCAUGAGCCUGCAGUACGCGUGGAUUACGAGGCAUACGUGCCGGGGCGUGGUGAUGGGGGGACACUCACCUGCUCUUAUACAGAGUGGAGGAUUCCUAAUGUGGACUGGACAAACAAGAGCAAACUUUAUACCAACCUCUCCGCCGACUUGCUCGAUAUGCUCGCAAUCAAGUCCAAAAACAAGCUUACGCAGGCUGCAUGUGAGGAUAUCAUGAAGCUUCAGUACAAGCGGUGCAAGAUCCCAGAGGAUGAGAGGCCAACCAAGUAUGCCCAGUUCCUGACGUUCCUCCAGGAUCAGCGAGUCCUGACCCAAGAAGACUGCCGAUACGUAUCAUACGAGUACUGUGUGAUGUGUGGGAGUUUGUAUGCAGGGGACGAUCACCAGAGCACCGUGUGUCUUAAUCCUGAAUGUGGGUGCCUGCGAGCGGGGAACACGAAAAAAUUCAUCUACAGAAGUGUCACGGACUACAUUCGGAGGCUUUUUGCUUCGAAGCACUACUCCAAGGAAAUCAGGCAUCAUGCGAAAUCUGCUGCCGAACGUGGGUUGCCAGACGGGUUCAUCUGUGACAUCACAGACGGCAAGGCUUACAUCGUCAUGAAGGAAUCUGAGCAAGGUGGACAGCCUCCCCUGCGUGACACGGACAUCCUCCUCGGUGUCUUCACUGAUGGAGUCCAGGCAUACAAGGACGAUGCUAGUUACAGUCUGUACCCCGUCGCCAUCACAGCAUACAAUUUCAGCCCAGACAUAAGGUACACCCACGGCGUGACAACGGUCCUUGGCAUCCUGCCAGGUUCCCGAAAGAAGGAUGAGGGGGAGAGGCCGCGUGUUGGGUGCGUGUUGAAGCUCCUGUCCAGGGAGCUGGAAAGCCUGGCGGAGCGCGGGGUGGAUACUUUCGAUGCACACACGGAGUCCUACAUCAAUGUCAGGGUUAGACUUCUCACGGCCGGUGGGGAUUACCGGGCCAUCGAGGACAUGCUGCGAAUGUCAGGGGCACCACGAGUAAAACAUGGCUGCUAUAAGUGCUGGACAGCUGGCAGCAAGGGCGUCCACAAGUACAACUAUCCCGGAGCAUGGACGUGGCUGGACGGUGACGACCCGAUUAGGCGGCCUGCCAGUGUGCUGAACCCCAUCACAGAUGCCACAGGACAGUCUAUCACAAGGACAGCCAAUGAGCCUCGGCCAGCAGUACGGACAAAGGUGGAGCUCGUGGCCAUGACCCCGGUGCCCACCCAUGGUGGCGAGGUGGAACCUGCGCCACUUGAGGUGAUGCUGCAGCUGCUCUGCAGCGUGUCCUUCCUGAUGGACAAGGCCGUGCCGCGGGAGGACUGCUUGCCAAUCCUACAUGGCGUCGCUCGUGCCGUGACACUGAUGGAGAUUCACCUGCCUUCCUGCGAGCUAGACAUGAAGUUGCAUCAGCUGCUGCACCUCGCGGAGCGAAUUGAACACCUUGGGCCAAGUUUCACAACCGCGAUGUGGGGCUACGAAUCACUAUGGAACCAUUUGGUGAAGCUGAUGAAGAACAAGCAGUACCCCGAGGCUACCUGUAUGCGCAGCUGGAUACAUAAGGAGUCGGUGAUUCUAGCUGCUGAGAGGUUACCCGAGGGCCUCUGCACUUUUGAACCCCCACAGGACGCCGUGUCCGCUGGAAAGUUGACCCAUCAGCAGAAGGCGUAUUGGACAGUCACUAAUUCCACCGGCCCCAGCGUUGACACUUUCUCCGGAAACGCUGCAAUAGGAUUUAAGCAGGCAUGGCGCGAGAACCUUCCGGAAGGCUUCCUCCUGGAGAUGCAUGAGACUUACCUGCGCCACAGCACCGACUACUCUGAUUUAUUUGGUGUCUUCACCGCCUGGCUGUGGGAGCAGUGGACUGAUGACACGACCCCGGGGCCAUUCCUGUCCGACUAUCUUUCACACAUGAGGCUAAGGACCCACUCAAGAAGGACGCUGUUGCACCGGGACAGCCAUGGCUCUGUGUCCAUGCGGAACAAGGUGCUUGCCAAGUGCUGCCUCAGUGAGCUGUGGUGCCAAGAUGUGUGGGUGCAGCCGGGUUUGCUGUUGGGGUCAAAGCCAAUCAGUGGUAUACAUCUCGCAGGCAGGUUCUUGGAGAAGCUCGUGGCCAUCAAGCUCAACAACAACGUGGAGCUCACUGCAUUCGAUAGCAACAAGCCUAAGACAUCACAGGCCUGCUGGUUCAUCACCCGGAGAUGCAACUCCAGCGACAAAAUGUGGGCGGGGAAGGUGCUGGGCUUGUACCGCUACAGGUCGCCAUUGAACAGGGAUAAGUUCGAUGUGGUGCUGGAGGUCGAAUGGCAUGCUCCCCUGCUGGGGAACAACAGUGAUGCCGAAGUUGCAGUCGACCAGUUCAUGAAUGUCCCCUUGGUGGACGCAAGGGCUGCCAGUGUGUCCAACACAGGCUCUCGUUACUACCUGGCUGAGGAUGUUGCGCCUUGCCGAGUGCACAUCUUGCCACAUCCCAGUAAGCGGGGCGCCCUGUGUGUUCUUUCAAGAAGCUACAGCUUCAUGCGGGUGGCUGGCUGGGAGGCCCUGCAGCCGCAGACCCCAUGGGCGAGGUCACGGUAG